AUGAAAACAAUUAUCAUAAUAACACUUAUUUUCGUUUGCCUUUCUUAAAAUGCAAAUGUAACAAGAGAGUUAGAAAUAGGAGUUAUUUAAUUUGAGGAAGCCAAAGGAUCGUAAAUUUAUAAUCAACUAGUCCGAUUUGAUACUCCAUUCGCAAAACCUCCUUAGGUGGCUUUGGCCUUGGUAGAACAUACUUCUACAACAGCUCUAUUUGCAAAAGUGAAAAAUAUAACCCAGCAUGAUUUCAUCAUCCAAUUUUUUAGUGCUGUCACUUUGAAUGCAACUUACAGAUAUUUAGCAACUACAGACGAAGAUGUUUAUAUCAACUGUUCAAAUUACAGAGCUACCCAGCAAGCUAUAUUCAGAUACCCUUAAUUCUAGUCAAAUGUAGAAGCCAUGGCUUUUCUUGUUGGUUAUCAUCAUAAUGGAUUUGUUAAUAUUUCUAUAGAUUAGAGUAACAAUCUAGCAAAGUUAUAAAUUAAUACAAAUGAUGUAUAAUAAACAGCCAUAGGGAUGUGUUUGAUUGUUGGAAGCAAUCUUAAAUUUGAUGAUGAGGCAGAUACUCCAAAAUUUAGUGGAAGAGUAAGCAGUCAAGGAUAGACAAGAUCAUUGUCAUUCAUAGCAAGUAUUUUAAAAAUAUUAUUUAUUGAGGUUUAAUAAAGUAGUGAACAAACAAAAGAGAAAAAUAGGGAAACGUUAACUGAUUUGAAAACAUUUCUUGAUAAAGAGACGCAAGUGCAAGUACCAUCAUAGAGUAGCGAAUAAUUUAUUGAAGUUCCAGAAGCAGAAUAAAUAAAUGAUCAUAAUUUGAAUUAAUUAGAUGCAUAAGAAGUGUCAGAAUCUUAAGAUGAAGAUGAAAUCUAAGAGUUAGAAUAAGAAAUAAAAGAUGAUAUAAUUGAGGAAGAGAGUUCUGAUUAUGAUGAUAAUAGUGAAGAGGAUGAUGAAUACUUUUGGAGCUCAAAAGAUAAUGUUGAUUUUGAAUUAUAAUUAACUUUGCUUCAAGAUGCUUUAAAAAAGAAACCUUAGAUUUAAUAAUAAACAAUUAAAGAACUAAUUAAAAAAGCUCCUAGUAAUUAAAAAGAAUAGAAAUAAAAGUAGAUUAUAAAAAAAUAAAAAGAAACAACUUAGAAUCAAAGUAACAACUAACCGAUUGAAUAAACAAAUUAUACGAAGGAAACUCUUAACACUUAAAUAUUGAAUAAUGAAGAAAUUGAUAUGCAAUUGUAAUAAAAAGAAUCUCAUGUGAGAUCAUUAAAAAAAGCAUUAAAAUUAGUGGAUACAGUUAAAGAAAAGGAAUUGGAAAUUAUAUUUCCCUAAAUUGAAAACCAAAAGGAGUCAUCAUAGGGACAAUAAUUGAAUGAUGUUAAGGCUGAUAACAAAAUUUAGGAGAAUCCACAAGAGUCAAAGGCAAUUGGAUAUAAAAGUCCAUUAAUAGAUGAUAUUCCAAAAGUAGAAGAAAUUAUUCAGGUGAAAUAAAAGGAAAAGAAGUUUACAUAGAAGCUUGAUGGUUAUAUGUAGAGUUUUUCAUAAGAUACUUAUACUUAAAAGGUUCAAAAAAAAAGGGAAGUAGAUUAAAUUAAAUAGAUUGAAUCUAUAGAGAAAGAAACAAUUUAGUAAGAAUAGGCACAAUUAAUUCAACUUAAGGGUCAGUCUCAUUCAGCUAAAGUUGUUUAUGAAGCAUCUGAAGAUUCUCUAAGAAAAUUUGAAGAAGAUUUUGAAAGAAGGAAAUAUAGAGGAAAAAAUGAAGGAAAUUAAAUAACAAUUAAUUCCAGAGAAUAAGCCAACUAAAGUUAAAUUUUUAUCAUUAGCUUAAGAGGACGAAUAGCUGAAAUCAUAUAAAGAUUUCUUUUACAAUUGAAUAUUAUUAAUCAAACCUAAUAUAACAAUUUUCUUCAACUUGUUUCCUUCUCAUACUUAGAAUUAUUUUUGUAUUUUGUGAAUAUCGAAGAAUUUUAAGAACCCCAUUAGAAUUUCAAAUAAUAUUUGGAAUAUUGA